AUAUUAUACAUCAUGAACGUUCUAAUUUAAUAACACGUGGUUCACACAAAUGCUAGAAAGACAUGAAAGGACUUCGCAUUAAAAUUGCUGUUAGCCGUAAUAUAAAACGUGCUGUGAAAACUGAUCAAUAACAUUCACAGAUUGAACAGACUAACGGUGGGAUCUUCUGGGCCUUUCCUCUUGCUUAUAGAGAUCCAUACGAGACGAAACGAGUUCAAUAUCGAUCUUCUUUGGUAAGAUGCCUGUUGAAUUCGAAAGUGUCAACAGGUCUGUAACGCGGGAGUCUGCGAUCGGAAAUGGAGAACCGUGUUCCGUCGAUGGUGACAUCGUCAUCACGGGUAUAUCAGGCCGGCUGCCCAAGUCGUCUAAUAUCGAAGAGUUUAAGGAGAAUUUGCUGAAGGGAGUGGACAUGGUCACUGAUGACAAGCGUUGGUCAACGAACAGCUACGGGAUACCGGGCAAGUCAGCCAGGAUUAACAACAUCGACCGCUUUGACACUUCUUUUUUCGGGGUACACCCCAAGCAAGCACACGUAAUGGACCCACAGCUUCGCAUAUUGUUAGAAGUCGUAUACGAGGCGAUAGUUGACGCUGGCGUCAAUCCUUCCACCAUAAGAGGAUCGCGUACAGGAGUGUUCAUGAGUGCCGCUUUCACAGAAACGGAGGAUUUAUUGAUUAAAAAUGCAGAUAUCGCCAACGGAUAUGUAAUGCUCGGGGGUGCGAGAUCAAUGUUCGCUAACAGAAUCUCCUUCUCCUUCGAUUUUAAUGGGCCCAGCUACACGGUGGACACGGCUUGCUCCUCGUCCUUGUACUGCAUGCAUCAGGCAGUCGCCGCAAUGCGCAACGGCGAGUGCGAUGCUGCGAUCGUCGGUGGAACGAAUCUUAUAUUGACACUCGAGAGAUCGCUUCAAUUUUAUAGGCUGAAUAUGCUCUCCCAGGAUGGCAAGUGCAAAGUGUUCGAUGCAUCGGGUGACGGUUACGUGAGGGCCGAGGCGGUAGUGGCAAUAUACCUGCAAAAAGCGACGGAUGCGCGCAGGAUGUAUGCCACAGUGGUUCACACGAAGACAAACACCGAUGGCUACAAAUCUGAAGGUGUCACGUAUCCCAAUCGUCACAUGCAGAAUCGAUUGAUGCGCGAGAUUUACAGCGAGGCAGGAAUUAAUCCUUUAGACGUCAGCUACAUAGAAGCCCAUGGUACCGGCACCAAAGUAGGCGAUCCAGAGGAAGUCAAUUCUAUCGACGCACUAUUCUGUAAAGAUAGAAAGACUCCUUUGCUGAUCGGAUCGGUCAAGUCCAACAUGGGGCAUUCGGAACCGGCAAGUGGAUUGUGCUCGAUAGCUAAAGUGCUGAUCGCAAUGGAAGCGGGCGUGAUACCCGCGAAUUUGCACUUCAACACUCCGAAUCCAAACAUUCGUGGCUUAAACGAGGGACGUAUUCGAGUAGUCGACAAGGCCACAUCGUGGAACGGUGGUCUCGUGGGCAUCAACUCGUUCGGAUUCGGCGGCGCAAAUGCACACAUCCUUCUGCGCAGCAAUCCAAAACCAAAAUUACCACCGCUAUUAAGCGUCGCUGAACUCUUGCCCAAAUUGGUCGCGGUUUCAGGUCGAACGGAAGAAGCUGCGCAUACCUUACUGGACAAAGCGAAAGAGCACCGUACAGAUGAAGAGUUUCUUUCACUGUUACACGCAAUACACAAUAACAAUAUUCGCGGUCACAAGAUUCGUGGUUACGAGAUACUCGGCGUAGAUAGUAUGCGUGAAGUCACCGAGGUAGCGAGCUACAACGAGAGACGCCCGAUUUGGUUCGUAUUUUCCGGCAUGGGCACGCAAUGGCCAGGCAUGGGUCGUCAGUUGUUCGGCAUUGAAACUUUUCAACGCAGUUUGCAGCGAUGCGCUGAUGCAUUGACGCCCCACGGCAUCGACCUCAUGAAUAUUAUCGCGAAUGCCACGGACGAAACAUACGAGAACGUGUUGUAUUCCUUCGUGACUAUUACAGCUAUACAAGUUGCCCUAGUGGACAUCUUAACGUUGAUCGGCGUACAUCCGGAUGGUACAAUUGGACACUCCGUUGGAGAGCUGGGUUGUGCUUAUGUUGACGGCGCAUUUACGCUGGAACAGACCGUUCUGGCAGCUUACUGUAGAGGCAAAGCGAUUGUAGAUUCCAAGUUGGAGCCGGGUGCCAUGGCAGCAGUUGGUUUGAACUGGGAGGAGGCCAAAAAGAUGUGCCCGCCCGAUAUCGUUCCAGCUUGUCACAACGCCGCCAAAUCUGUCACUAUUUCCGGUCCGAUUGACUCCAUGCACAAGUUCGUACAAAUGCUGAGGAGCAAAGAUAUCUUCGUCAGGAUGUUAAAAAGUUCCGGCUUCGCCUUCCACAGUAAAUAUAUCGCCUCGGCCGGGCCCAAAUUACGCGCGUCACUCGAGAAGAUCAUACCGAGCCCGAAGCAGAGAUCAGCCAGAUGGAUCUCUAGCUCUAUACCUGAGGCCGCAUGGGGUGGUCCGCUUGCUCAGCUCAGCUCCGCCGCGUAUCACGUGAACAAUUUGUUAUCUCCUGUACUCUUUCAGGAAGCGCUUGCACAUAUUCCGGAGAACGCGAUAACGAUCGAGAUUGCGCCGCAUUGUUUACUGCAGGCAAUCUUGCGCAGAUCGUUGCCACCAACUGUGACCAAUAUCGGCCUGCAAAAGCGAAAACAUUCGGACAAUCUCACUUUUCUACUGUCUAACGUGGGCAAACUGUACAUGGCCGGUGCACAACCUGACAUUUCUAAAUUGUAUCCGUCGGCGAGCUUCCCCGUCGGUCGCGGGACACCGAUGAUCGGGUCUCUCGUCAGGUGGGAUCACUCUGCCGCGUGGGAUGUGGCUGAUUUCCGACAAGUAUCAAAACGUUCGGAAGAGUGUAACGUCCAGAUAGAUCUGUCGAAAGAAACGGACGCGUAUCUAGCAGGGCACCGGAUAGACGGACGAAUUCUUUUUCCAGCCACUGCUUAUUUGCUGCUGGUAUGGAAAACUUUGGCGAAAUUGCGUGGCGUUGACUUCGAACGAUUGCCUGUGGUGUUCGAGAAUGUGCAGUUGCAGCGG